AUGGUGUCGUCCAAAUUCGAAUCUCUCUCCGUGCGCCCUCCGACUCCACCCAAAGACCAAGAAGACACAGCCGCCGACGAGACGGUGCAAUUCCUCCAAGACCCCUUUGGCGAGAAGCCGAUCCCGCCCAGGCUCCGAGCAGCGAAGAGAGUGCCCAACACGCCAGAGCAAUCGCCGUCGUCCGACAUCGACAUCCCCUCGAGUUCAGCCAGCGCACGGAAGAGAGUCAACUUCGAGCUGCAGCUAUGCGACAUACCCACCAACAAGGCAGUCGCGCAGUCCUGGACACCCACGCGUAGCUCACCGCUGAAGCCCCUCCCCCAGAACCGCCUCACCAAGCCGCUCAAAUCGAUCCUGAAGCCUUCCGACGGCACGCAAACACCUCCCGCAGAAGACGCUGCCAACCCGCUCAAUUACAAGUCAUUCGCCGAGAUGCUGGACGCGAUAGUGAAGCUGCUCGCUUCUUCCGAGCGCGGAACUCGGUUAGAUGCAUAUGGAUCUUUGCAGAGGACAAUGCAGGCAUACGACAAGAUACCCGACCCCCAGGCGCUGAAGCAGAAGAUGUCUCUGUUGACCCAGUUCAUCCGACGCGACAUAGCAGCUCCAGGCGUGGGCGGGACAGGGCUAGACUCGCAGCUCAUUGGACAAGCGAUGAAGCUGCUCAUGGCUCUGUUCCGCAUCACCGACUUGAUAUCCACCAUGGACGAAGACUUCUGCUCCUUCAUCAUAGACCGCAUCAUCCGCGUAGCUUCCGAUAGCUCCAUGCCCAAGACCACCGUCAACACACACCUGGCUGUGCUCAUGCAGCAAAGUUUCCGGUCGAAGACGAUGACUGCGACACGCGUCGAGAAGGUGCUCGAGGCACUAGACACCAUCCACGAGCGAACAUCGGGCCACGCGGUACAGGCAUACAGGGUCCGGAUAUACAGGAAGCUGCUUCAGCAACGCCCGGACGUUAUGAUCAGGCAUACCGAACGAUGGUUCACGCAUACUCUCAAAGCUCUGGUGUCGGUUCAGAAGGAUAUCAGCCAAAGCGCACUGGACACUGCAGUAACGGCUGCAAAGACCGUUGGCCAUGACCGAUAUGUCGCCAAAUCCGUCUUGUCUGUUCUGAACCGGGUUAAGAGCGACGGCGGCACCAUUGCUAGCGUUUUCGCAGGUGAACUGGAUCGUAUGCUCGGUGGUGAUUACGCCGUCUUGGUGCCACAGAUCGUGGCUGCUGUCACGGGUCUACUCAAAGACUCGCUUGAUGCGUUUGCAGGUUUGAAGGAAUGGCUCGUCCUCAUUAAUAAGUGCCUGUCAUCGGACAACGACCAAGUCCGAUUAUACUCCAAUGUCGCCGUUGCCUUCCUGGCCUACUCCGUCAACUUCAUGAACUUACCCGAAGAAAAGAAAGUCAAAGCCUGGUCGGGGAUGUUCGUUAAAAUCUCAGUACAUGCACUGCAACGGAAGACCCCAGUAAAGAAAGCCGAGCGCGAUGCUGUUUCAUCCGCGUACUUCACAGUGCUGUAUUAUGCGUUUCGACCAGCAGCCUCUUUUGAACAAUUUGACGGGCAUUGGACUGACUUCAUAGCUGGCCUCUGGAGUCCAAUAAUCGCAAAGUCUGCUCCGCAGCACGCCAUACCAUGCCGAAUUGUGUCUGCUCUCUUGGAUGGCUCUCGGAAACCUUGGAAGGAGAAUCGGGCGCUAGAUCUCAGGCCGAAUUUCAUGAUCCAGCGAGGGGAGCUACCUCUGGUCGAUCCCAAGUGGGUACGGAAGUCGAUUGCUCUUGUACUAGAGUUUGUGGAGAAUAUUCUAGAGGCUGCACUCAAGACUGAAAGCAAAGAGCACGAAGACGAACCGUUUCAGACGAUGUGGACAGCAGUCAUCAACUCUUUGGUGGAAGCAAGCAGCAAGGAGAUCAUGGCGUCCACAGAAACCAAAGAUGCCAUGGCACAUAUCAUCAACCUGCUCCGUCGAAUCUGGGACAGCCACACGGACAACAUUGCGGUAGAACAGAAGAGGGAGGAUCUUUGGGCAACCAAGUUCUGCUUUUUGAUAGAGACUGUUGUGCAGAAGAUGGGCGCUUUUCAGUUCGCAGACAAAUGUCUCACACGCAACGCCGACAACGAGAUCGAAGUCGCAUCGACACCAUCACAUCGAUCACGGCACCAAGGCACCCGAUCGUCCCCACUCCUCUUCCUGCUGGAUCUUCUCGUCACACAAUCAGAAGGAAAGCUAGCUGAUCCUGUUCGACUCCGCGCAAUGGACGUGAUCAUCGAGCCCUGUUUUGCUGCCCAAAACACUCGGUUGAGCAAGUUGGAGCUUCUUCGAGACUGUGCCGCGACGGUGGAUGGCUCGCUGAAGGGUGCAGUGGCAUCAGAGUUCUGGACGCGGAUUGUGACAUUGCUCGAUACCAUGUUGCAAGAUCAAACAGCCCCUUCGGGCGACCGCAGCGCUCGCUCAUUGGGCAAAGAGUACGAAAUUGUGGUGGAAAUCCUCAGUCUGGGUUCUGCCUACUUGCUAGACAAGCCCGUCGGGCAUCAAAUUUUGUCGACUUUGGUCGGUACCGUCCGACGAGAAGCAGGAGAAGGUGCACUUGCACUCGCUGUCAUUGAAAAGGUUUCUGAGCAAGUCCUGAAGCGCACACCUGACGAAGACAAAGCUUCCUGUCUGGCAUACGCCAGCAUUCUUCUCCGCAACCUACCAAAGCAGAUGAGCCGCAAAGUGAUGGAUCAAGGUCGGCAGAAUCUCUGGCCUUCGAACACAGCUGCAAGGUCCCACGAUAUCGAUCCUUAUGUUCAUCUUUACGGAGCCGUCACUUCCGUUGGGUCAGCCGCUUACAGGAAUCUUGACAAAGACGAUGUAGAGCCUACCAAAGGCUUUCUUUCUGCGCUAAGCACCUCGGUCCAACACUGCUCGACGUCGCAUCUCGCUGGGUAUCUACGCAAGAUACAAGAUGCGAUCCAGAUUUGGGUGGAAGACCCGGAGAAGAAGAUGCAGAGCAGGGAAGAGCUACUGAAGAGCUUGCAUCGUGAGGUCAUCAACAUGUGGGAGGAAGUCAACAAAGCUGUAGAGCGGUUACCGCGCAAGGACAGCCAAACGCUGCUUCAUCUACAAGCGUUGGUGACCGCAGGCUUCCUAAGCAGACGCCGAAGUAUCGUCAACAUCUCUAUUGCGACCUGGAAUGCCACCUUUGGGAAAGAGGAUAGCUUGCGAUACCCCACUCGACUUGAGCAGGCCCUGCGCCAAUUACGGAACAGUGUCGAGCUUUCUCUUCCAUCACUGGAAAUCCGGGAAGACGAUGCUGAGAACAAGCUCUCGUUCUACGACUCCGACACGAGUGCGGACGAGGUCAAACGUGCUUUCAAGAGCCCGCGAGUAAAGGCCUCGCCCUUCAAGAUCUCUAAAACAUCACGAAGAUCCAAGUCUCGGUCUCCAGCAGUACCCACCUCAGCUAACAGGAGAGUGCCCUCGCGACAAACGCCGAAGAUUCGUCUCCGCCACGACGACUCUCAGAUCAAAUUCGAACCUAUCGUCUCCUCACCAUCGAACCCGUUCCAGCAAGAAUCACAGGUAUUGACUGAUCGACAAAAGGAGAUGAUCGAUCGUCAAAGACUUAGCAGCGGUAUUUUCGCUAAAAUGGGCGCUGUCUCGCCACAGCCAGAGGAUGUGCCAUCGCCGAUGGAGAUACACUCAGAUGCGUUGACUGCAGAUGACCUGCCAGACACCGCCUCCCGGGCAACUCCACUAAGGGCUCUCGCAGCCAUGGGUCCUAUGGACGGCUACCUUGGAUCGUCGCCAACUCCACAUUCCCGCAAGAAUACUCGUCAUAUUGUGAGCGAGGACACGGACAUUGCAACACCGACGGCCGUGCGGAGCAUACAGUUUGCGAACGAUGAUCUGAACUCUUCGCCGCCUCAGUUCAGCAAGGAUGACAGAUCUAACACCAAGCAAAGCGAGCCUGAUGUUCUCGUAGGAUCCAGCUUUGAGUACCGUCAACCAGAAAGCUCAGUCUCGGUUUCCUUUGAUGAAGGAACGACAAUCGAUGAGGAAGCACUGCUUGAUGCUGUUGCUCUCCACGACAACACACAAAUGGACGCUGAACUCCCUUCAGACACUGUCAUGUCAGACGUACCAAGCUCCACCAUAGACCUGCAACUCACAGCGCAAAUCGACGCCGAUAUGCAAGUACAUGAUGCUUCUGCAGAAGCGACAGAGUCCGCACAAUCAGAUUCGAAUGCCGAAUACGUCGAUGCUGCAUCACAUCCACAGUCAUCAAUGUUGGAGGACCAAGCUGGCAGCGACACCGAAGUAGACGAGUCACAGACGCCAACUCGCGGUCCUGCCCGCCGGUCUCCACGCAAGAGCUCCCAAGCCAACACAAGCAGCACUAGCCGAGUAGGUGACUCUUUCGAUAACAGUUCCGCAAAAGGAACACCGUACUCCCUGCGUAGUUCCUCCCGCCACUCCAUGGGAAGCCCCUCUCGGCCUCCAAGUGGAAAAAAACCCAGACGCACACCCGCAAAGAACAAGAAGAACGGCAAGAAACAGACGCAAGAGAGUCCAGCGCCUGCUCCAGCUGCCGCUCCAGCUCCCGAGCCACAACAAGAGCCAGAACCAUCCCACCCCUCCGACACCGACAUCCUCGACAACAUCACCGUCGCCGCCCCAGUCCCAACUUCCAACCCACGAGGCAAGAAACGUAAAUCUACUCACCCUACCACCACUACCACUACCACUACCACCACCGAACCCCCCAUCCCCGUCCCCGCAACAACUACUCGGAAGCAAAAUCUCCGCCGCUCCCAAUCCCUCCUCUCGCAAGUCGAAAACUCUCAGGAUAUUACUGUGGAUGAAACUCCAGCGCCUAAGCGAGCGAGACAGAAUGCGGAUCAGGAUGUUAGUGAAGCGAAGAGGACGACGCCGGGGAGUAGUGGGAGUAAGAGGUUGAGUCAUGUGCAGGUUAGUCCGAGGCCGAGGUCUUCUGGGUCUGGGAAGAUGGAUGGGGUUGGGAGGGAUGCGAGUGGGGAUGGGGAUGGGGAUGUGGUGGAGGGAGGGGAGAGUGUGGGGGAGCUUCAAGCUCAAUCUGAAGGCGAAGGAGGAGCCGGACCUUCACACCAACAAUCCCAACCCGCACACCAACAACGCCUCCCCGUACAAUCAGCAACAGGAACAGAAACACCCCCCCGCACCUUCGCCGAACGCGUCAUUCUCACCCCCCGCAGCAUCAUCAACCAGCUCAAGAGCCUCAAGGAAUAUCUUUUCCGCAGCCCCAGUCUGGUGCUAGGGCGCGAGGAGGAGAGGGAGAUUGAUGAUGCGUUGUUUGAUAUUAGGAGGCAGGUGCAUGCUGCGGGGUUGAGGGGGGAGGGUGAGGGGGAGAGGAGGUAG